AUGGGUACUGUUACGCUUGGAGAGAACAUGGAGAUCAAAGAAGAGUUGAUCAAGAAAUCAUGUUCAAUGGCUAUGAAAGCUCACAAAUCUCCAGAGAGGCAAUAUCUUUCAAAAAAGAUUAAAAGUUCAUCAUCUGAAGUUGUUUUUAGCUUUGCUGGAUCUUGGUCUGCAAAUGAUUGGUUUGCUGGAAAUUCCUUUGGAGAAACAACGGUGGAUCUUCAGCUCUUUCCUUCUCUGAAAUAUAUUGGUCUUGGUGUAACUGCUACUGCCAAUGAAGUAUUUCUCAAAAGAUUCAAAUCAGUCUUGGGUAAUCCACAGUUCAAAAUUGAGGUGCGAAAAGCUGUGGCAGACAGGAGGCAAGUUGUAUUUACAGGCCACUCUUCAGGAGGGGCAAUUGCCAUACUGGCGACAGUUUGGUUCUUGGAAGAGUACAAUAAACAAAGCUCCCCACUCUGUCUGACUUUUGGAUCUCCCCUGGUUGGUGACCGCAUUAUAAACCUUGCGCUUAGGCGUGAAAACUGGUCUCGCUACUUUGUGAAUUUUGUGAUGAGAUAUGACAUUGUCCCUCGAAUUUCACUCUGUCCACUCUCUUCCAUUGAGCAACAACUGCAACAAGUUCUUGAUUACUUUGAUCAAAACGCGCAACAACCCCCUCAUGAAGCCCCAGCUUUCUAUGAAAUUGUGGUGAAAAAUGCAUCGUCUGUUGCUAACUAUGCUGCCUGUAAGAUCAUGGGAAGCACGAAUCCAUUGCUGGAGACUGUAUCAAGUUUCAUUGAACUGAGUCCUUAUAGGCCCUUAGGGACUUAUGUCUUCUGCACAGGAAAUGGAAAACUUGUUGUCAUAAGUAACCCUGAUGCUGUGCUACAAGUGCUGUUUUAUUCCUCCCAGUUGAGCACCCAAGAAGAAGAAGCUAAGGUGACAGUUGCCCAAACAAGCCUUAGAGAUCAUUUGAACUACGGAAAUUACCUGCAAGAGCACUUAAAAAUGCCAAUUGUGACUUGUUUAUAUCAUCCUCAUCCUGAAGCACUUUCAUUGUCUUCGAAUGUUGCAAAUGUUGAUCGUGGGAAGGUCGAUAUGGCCUUGAAUGACCUAGGCUUGAGUGAAAGAGCCAGACUAUGUCUUCGUGCUGCUGAAGCGUUAGAGAAGCAGAAGUUGAGGAACCAGGCUACAAUUGAUGGAAAGCAGGAAGAUAUUGAUAAAUGUUUAGGUAAGCUAGAAGCAUACAAAAUUAAGUGUGUACAUAAAGUUGGCUAUUAUGAUGCCUUCAAGAGUUCAGAUGAAAAGGCAGAUUUCCAUGCUAAUGUAGAGAGGCUUGAGCUAGCAGGUAUAUGGGAUGAAAUAAUAGAAAUGUUGAAAAGGUAUGAACUCCCUGAUGAGUUUGAGGGCCGGAAGGUAUGGAUAGAUCUUGGUACCAGAUAUCGUCGCAUUGUUGAACCCUUGGAUAUUGCUAAUUACUAUCGACAUCUCAAGAAUGAAGACACAGGACCCUAUCUGGGAAAGGGCAGGCCAAGUCGGUAUAAAUGCACCCAAAAAUGGCGUGAGCAUGCUGAGCAGCUGCCAAAUGAAGUUCCAGGAUCCUGUUUUUGGGCUGAGGUGGAGGAACUGUGCAUUAAAACAGGCUGCCAGGGAACUAAAGAAAACAUUUUGCACCUAAAGACCAAAGUGGAUAAGUGGAUUCAAGAUGGGGAACUUGGUAAUGAUGUUCUGUUGGAGAAUUCCACCUUUAUGAAAUUGCAGAAACAACAUUUCCUGACCAACUUAUCUCAGGAUCUUGCAUUUUAG